ACCCAAACUUCAACCUACCCUCACCUCAACCUUUUUGAACUGUAUAUCAAACAUCAUGUCCUUCCACACCUCCUGCCAAAAUAUCCACCUCAUCAAGGAGGACGGUCGCACCAUCCUCCACGCCGAGGUCCGCCGCCGCAACAACGAGAUGGUCGCGCGGACGUUUCCCUUGGAUCGGCACAUCGGGAAUGCGAACGGAGGCUUCCAAUGGGGCGGACACGACUUCACCCACAGCGCGCGCGACAUCGAACUCGAACAGACCGAGCGGGGGCCACGGCUGACGGCCUUCCUGAAAGGUGCCGGCGGGGAAUACAGGGAGUUGCAGGGCUUGUACCUGGCCGAUCGAAUCAAGAAUGAGGACGGGAACCUGAUCUAUCUGAAUUGAGUGAUGCGACUCGUAAGGCUUGGGGCUGAUUGGUUCGGAUCAGCAUGUAGGCAACAGGAUACUAGGUAGUGGGGGUACAUAAUGGCAUGAUUUUUAAAGGCGGCUGG